CCCACCCAUAGCCUGAAGACACCACUCCCCUCAUCAUCUCUCUCUGUGCCUCCUUCUAGGUUCCUGUCAUAUAGUCUCACGCACCAUUGAAGACACUCCAUAAAGCCAUUUCCUCCGGUGUGUUUGUGUAUGUGUGUGUGUGUGUAUUUGAGGUCCACUGCUGACGGUUGGAUGUCAUGCCAAAUGUAACAGGAUGUGGAAGGCAGUUCUCGUUUUGUACUAUCUUUUGGUACUCAGUCAGCCGUUCUGGGCUCAGGAUGAUGCCUCAGCCAUCACUCCUCAGGACUGCAGCCUGGACUGCAUACAGCAGGGAGGACUUGGAUGUGAAUACUGCAGAAUAACUAGAGCUGAUGUCAAGAGGGCUCUAGGUUUGAACAUCGAAGCGUUUGGAAGCUGUGUUCCGUGGCCAUGUUUAGAGUUUCUUGGAAAAGAAGACCCUAAAAUCUGCCAGCACUACGUCCAAGCACCGAACGAUGUGACUAUUGAGUUUGUACCAGAGUCAAAUCCUAAAUCUGACACCAUUGUUGUCUCCUGGAAGCCCAGUUAUUAUGGAAUCGCCUUCCUGCGAGGAUUUCAGGUGUCCCUCCAGGCUUUGGGAGGGUCGAGCAUUGCCUGUCAGCUUUUACUCUUCCAUCGUAAUCUCUCUCUCCCUGCAUCACACGCUGAGAGGGUGUACAAGUCGGACCCAUUCUCCGGCCUCGCCCUUGGGUCCCAGUAUGCCAUUACAGUCAUGGCUCUGCCAGUGCCUGAGGAGUGGGAGAGGUUCUACCACAGCAAGAUCUUCUCCACACGAUUGUGCGCAGAGAAGAACGGCCUUGAGCAGUGUAAAAAAGACUGGUACCCUCAAUAUAUUAAGGUCCAGCAGGAAGGGACUGCCAUCAAUGUGACCUUUAACCUGGCUCCACCAAAUCUGGGCAUCAGAAGCUACUUCUCACUGUGUUAUGCAAACGGCAUGAAGAAAUACACAGACAUCACGCCUAAUUCCUUUAAAAACCAAACGUACUACAGCUAUCAGCUGAACGACCUUCAAGAAGGAACCAAUUACACCUGUGAGAUUGCAGCUAACGAAGUGGAUGCAGUGAGGAAAAUAUUCAACGUUCAGGUCAUGCGCAUUCAUAAAGGAGCCUCACGAGUCUCCGUCACUCCCGCCAUGGCUCUGAUGCUUCCACUUUGCCUGUCAGUGGUAGCCAUUAUUUUAGUCUUACUGGUUGCUUUCACCAGGAGGAAGCCCAGGCAGCGGAUGAAGGAGCUAUUCAUGAAACCAGAGAACCACUCUUAUACCCCUGGCUUCUCACUACCAGCAUCGUGUGACAUACAGCAUCAUCAAGAAAGAGGGACUCAGGAAGAAGUGGUGUCGUUGCCCAGAAACAGGCUGACCCCUCCUCGUCUUUUGAUUUGUUACAGCAGCUACGAUGGCCCUGCUCAUGUCAAAGCUGUCAUGCAGUUAGGGGCAUUUAUACAGCAGCACAUGGCCACUCAGGUGUGCCUGGACCUAUGGGACUCUCUGAACGUGGCUGGGGAGGGCGCUAUGGCCUGGCACUGCCGGCAAAUCCGGGAGUGUGACUUCAUUUUGGUGAUCUGUUCUCGGGGCCUCAACCACAGACCUGAGCCUCUGCAGCCACAGGGUGACACUGUACACGAGGAGGCUGACGGAGAGCCGGACUUUGGGUCCAACUUCAAUUUCAGCUCUGAGGCAGCCCUCCGCCUCAUUUGUACAGAAGUGGGCCGAGCCAAAGCCAGAGGCCAAGACCUGUCCAAGUACAUGGCGGCUAUUUUUGAGUACUCUGAGGAAGUGGACAUCCCAACUGAGCUGAGGCUGGUUUCUCACUACACGCUGACAAGGGACUUAGAGCUAAUCUUCUCCCACAUCCAUGGAGUGGCUCUGCAUAGGCCGGGCACUUACCUGAAGAUAAACCACAUCUCAGAAGAAGGCUUCACUAAAUUACCAGCCGGAGCGGCUCUGCGGUGGGCUGUCUCUGAGGCUGGUAUGGCAAUGAGGGCAAAAUGCCAUCACUCCGUGGACGGAGGGAACUAGAUACAAAAAAAUCCACACACCCUGACUUAAUGACGGUUCUCAGCUGAUCCAGUUGGCAACAAGCCCUGACAGGAGAAGCCACAAGCUCACAGCUAGAUGGUGAUCAGUACAUCUGCAAACUCUGCUAAUGUGCCCUUAAGCAAAGUGACCAUCUCAGCCAUAGUUGUGCUGCAACGGCAGCUACAGUGCACUUUGACCAAUGAAAUGUGUUAACAUGCUACAUAUAUAUGUGUGUGUAUUGGAAGGAUUUGUAAAGAGUGUCCAGUAAUGGUCAGUAAACCUAUCUCAGUUUUACACAUGUAAAAAUGUAUUAUGAAAUGAUAUAAACAUUGCACAUACAUAAACCAUUAAUACAACUUUGUAUCUGAGUUAUUAAAGUUGCUCUAUGAGGAUGUUUGCCUUGUAGUAUAUAUUACACAUGCAUGUUUACAGUCAUGCUUAUAGUUUAUGUAUACAUGCAUAUUUCAUAUACUCGUUGGAAUGAAUUAACAAGUCGUAUCAUUUUUAAUGUUAUAUCAUUGUGACAUUAAAUGUGAGUUCUCUUGCACUUUGUAUUGUACUUUCGUCAAAUAUGGAUACCUUCUGUGCAUCUAACCACCUAAUAAAAUAAUAAAAACAC